UCUUUUGACUUUCUGUAACCUCAGUGCUUGUUUGUCUCCGGGCACCACAAAGAGCGCUCGUGAGAGGUGCUCAGGCCGUUCUGCUUGAGCAAUCGUUACUCGCUGACGAAAGGACCAUCCUAACUAAUUUAUUGGUCGGAGGUAUCUUGAGCCGACUCUGUGGACUGGUGAGGACUUAUCGUCUGAAGGUUAAUCAUGAUUUUGUUAUCGUUGGUUUUCUUGCUGCCUGCAACACUGACUAAAGAGGCUAACGGGUCUGAGGACUAAGAGGACGGUGUCGCAGUAACUGCAAGCCACACUCACCAACGUCGGUUGUCUGAGUUGCUGCAUCAUCUGCUUUCUUCUCUUUGAGAUGGGUGGCAACAGAUUAUUAUUAUUUUUUUUAAUCAUGAAUGUGUGCCUGAUUGUUUCCGGACUUUUAUAUUUUCGUUAUUCAAAAGUACGUUUAUAUGUUGAUGCGUCUGCUUAGGUGGAGCUUUGAUGGUCGGCGGGUUGUUAGGACAGUGGCAAGAGAUGGCGACCAGAGUAACUGUAACAAUGUCGCUGGGAGCAGGUGUGACGCACCAGUCAGGCCAACACACGGAACGAAACAAAAGCGAGCACGGGAAGGGGAAGUGAAAAGCCGAGUAAGCUGCUCCGCGCCCCUAACCGCCACGGAAGCGCCGGCAAGAUUACAACUGCGACCCGCUGAUAGGACCCAGCGGCUUUAGGGACUCACUGGACCACACUUGCUUGGUGUGUCUUUACAGAUAGGGUGGACUGUGUGCAUUCGCAGUGCACAACCACUGUGAAUAUACAUAAUCUGCAGCUGCCCGUCUCAGCUUUGCCGUUCGUGUGUUGAACCUCCUUUGUCAGGAGGUUAAACAUCGUUACCUGUCAUCCAUUGUCGUCAGGACUGGGUGCUGCUGAGAUCAUCGUCUUGAGAGACAGUCUCUCCGACAAACCUUUGAGACAUACAGACUGUCCACGAGAGUUUGUCUUCAAAGGAAAGAAUUCCGCCGUUCGAGACUCACAAUAUUGGAUGCAAUCUGUCAAAAAACCGUUGUGUUUAGAAAUUCGUACUUUCAAAGGAAUACAAUGUCUGGAAGAGAUUUUGCGUUAUAAAUACACUUUUAAAAGGGAUACUGCCUGCUUGUGAUACGAUCAGUGAAAGGAAUACUCUCCAUAUAGACGCCAUUUGUCAGUGGAAUACUGUCACAUCUGUUUGAAUGGUAACGACUAGACAGGUACAAAAACACAAUCUGCCAACACAAGGGAUCGUUACUUUUAAGCAGUUACAAGCGAGUUGCUGAGGAUGGAGAGCACAGCGCAGGAAGCUGGGGAGGAGCUGGAGCCCCUGAACCCCAGCGGGGCUUCCUCGGCUCCCAGCAGCCUGCCGCUGACCACCGGCGCGUCACGUUUCGAAGUGGAGCGCGUGCCGGUGACGCCACAGAGGGACACGCCGGACGCAGCAGACGCGGACGGCUCUCCCACCAAAGGUCCGAGAUUUUCUUUAGUGGACAUCGACUCGCCGUCCUCCCCCAGCACUCCGCCGGACGGCCGCCACGUCACCAUUCACGUGACAGACACGUCCAAGCCAAACGGUGAGAACUCCUCUUUGUCUAAAGAUCAUCUCCCUCUGGCAGACAAUGAAGAAUCUCAGUUUGAAAACCAUAUGGCCUUGUAUGAGGAUGAUCUUCAUCAUCAAGGUCGCAUCUCAACCAUCCUCAGCCGUAUUAAUGCCUACCAGGGAGGUAUGCAGCCAAACAUGCGAGAUGUGGAGAAGAGCGGUGGUCAACAGAAGAAAAAAGCUACUUUGGGCACAGUGCUGGGUGUCUACUUGCCCUGCAUCCAAAACAUCUUUGGCAUCCUGCUGUUUGUCCGCAUGACGUGGGUGGUGGGCAUGGCUGGUGCUGUGGAGGCCUUCUUCAUCGUGGGCAUCUGCUGCUGCACUACACUUCUCACCUCUAUUUCCAUGAGUGCCAUAGCCACCAAUGGUGUAGUCCCAGCAGGAGGCUCCUACUUCAUGAUUUCGCGGUCGUUAGGACCGGAGUUUGGUGGUGCUGUAGGUGUUCUGUUCUAUCUUGGCACAUCUGUGGCAACAUCCAUGUACAUCAUUGGAGCAGUGGAAAUCUUGGUGGUAUACAUGGCUCCAGGAAUAAACCUUUUUGGGGACACCAACAGUUUUCGGUUGUAUGGCACAAUUGUCCUUCUCAUUCUGGCAAUAAUUGUUUUCAUCGGUGUUGCCUUUGUCAGCAAGUUUGCAGCAGUCUCUCUAGCUUGUGUCACAAUCUCCAUCCUCUGCAUCUAUAUUGGCAUUUUCAUCGCCAAUGAAGACUCAAGUGUGGAAGUGUGUCUGCUGGGAGACCGUUUGUUGACGAUGGAAAGUGUUAUGAGAAAUGGGACAAUGAUGUGCACAAAAAAUGUCACUGGUCCUAUACAUGACAACUACUGCCAAAUCCUCAAUGCUUCAGCUGGCACAUACGUGUGUGACAGCUAUUUUAAUGACCACAAUACAAGCAUACUUAAGGGAAUUCCUGGUCUUGCCAGUGGGGUCUUCUCAAAGAAUGCAAUGAACAGGUACACGCAGCAGGGAAACGUCAUCGGCACUGACAUGCAUGGUAAUCCCAGCAGAGGAGAGAUUGUAGCCGACAUUACUACCUCUUUUAUGAUUCUUCUUGGCAUUUAUUUCCCCUCCUGCACAGGUAUCAUGGCUGGCUCCAACCGUUCAGGUGACCUGGCUGAUGCUCAAAAAUCUAUCCCUGUAGGCACUAUUGUGGCUAUUAUCACCACCUCCAGUGUCUAUUUGUCAUCUGUUCUGUUCUUUGCUGGCACUGUGGAAGGGGACUUGCUAAGAGACAAGUAUGGAGAGAGUAUAGGUGGCAGUUUACUGAUUGGCAAACUGGCAUGGCCACAUGAGUGGCUCAUUCGUAUUGGUGCUUUCUUGUCCACUCUGGGUGCUGGCCUGCAGAGUCUUACAGGAGCCCCCAGGCUGUUGCAGGCCAUAGCACAGGAUGGUGUGAUCCCUUUUCUAAGUGUCUUCUCUGUCACCACUAAGAGGGGGGAACCUUUCCGUGCCCUUGUACUGACUGUCUUCAUUGCCUUCAUCGGUGUCUGCAUUGGUGUUCUGGACUACGUGGCACCAAUCAUCACAAUGUUCUUCCUGAUGUGCUAUGGUUUUGUCAACAUGGCCUGCGCACUGCAGACCCUAUUGAGAACACCCAACUGGCGACCUCGCUUCAGAUUCUACCAUUGGACACUGUCCCUGGUGGGUCUCGCUUUAUGCAUUACCCUGAUGUUUAUCUCCAGCUGGUAUUAUGCUCUGGCAGCCAUUGCCAUUGCAUGCUGCAUCUACAAGUACAUUGAGUACAAAGGUGCUGAGCAGGAAUGGGGAGAUGGUAUCCGUGGUCUUGCAAUGUCUGCUGCUCGUUACUCACUGUUGCGUUUACAAGAAGGCCCUCCACACACCAAGAACUGGAGACCCCAGUUACUAGUGCUUAUGAAACUGGAUGCAUCACUGCAGCCUAAGUACCCCAGAAUGGUACAGUUUGCCAACCAGUUGAAAGCGGGUAAAGGCUUGACGUUGGUGUGCAGUGUCCUAGAAGGGAAGUUUCAGGAACGGUCAGCAGAUGCACUUGCUGCAAAGCAGACUCUAUCAAAGAUGGUAAAAGAGAUGAAUAUUAAAGGAUUUUCUGAUGUAAGCGUGGCCACAGAUGUGACAGAGGGAAUCUGCUCACUGGUACAGAAUGCUGGUCUGGGAGGCCUGCGGCACAACACAGUGGUAAUGGGCUGGCCCUAUGGCUGGAGACACAGUGAGGAUGAACAGAGCUAUAGAGUGUUCUUGGAGACUGUGCGAAAUGUCAGUGCUGCGGGUCUGGCCCUGCUGGUGACAAAAGGCAUCAACCAGUUUCCGGAGCCAGAUGUCAAGCUUCGAGGAACCAUUGAUGUCUGGUGGAUUGUACAUGAUGGAGGACUACUGAUGUUGCUGCCAUUUCUGCUUACUCGAGAAAGACCUUGGAAGCACUGCAAACUGAGGAUCUUCACCGUAGCCCAAAUGGAAGACAACAGUAUAACAAUGAAAAAAGACCUGGAGCACUACCUGUACCAGCUGAGAAUUGGUGCAGAUGUUGAUGUCAUUGAGAUGAGUGGUCAGGAUAUUUCAGCUUAUACAUAUGAACGAACUUUAAUGAUGGAGCAGCGGACACAGAUGCUGAGAAAUAUGCGGGUUAAAAAAAUAGAGCCACAGUCUAUUGUGGACCGCGCCCACCAUGGUGGCAAUCCUGGUGCUGGUGACCAGGCAAGCCCACAAAAAGUACAUCUGCAGCUGGAGAGUGUACCAGAGGAGAGCUCCACUGAUCCUGAGUCUCCUGCACAAGAACAUUUUACCUUCACGCCUGCUGCUGCUCAGAAGCUUAAGACAAAUCAUAAGAAUGUCAACAACAAACCAGAUCAUAAGAAUGUGCAAAGAAUGCACACUGCUGUUCGACUAAAUGAGCAUAUUGUGGAAAAAUCUCAUGAUGCGCAGUUAGUGAUCUUGAACCUUCCAGCUCCACCCAAGGCUCCAGCAGGGGAUGAAAACUACAUGGAGUUCUUGGAGGUUCUAACAGAGGGCAUUGAUCGUGUUGUGAUGGUCAGAGGCAGCGGUCGUGAGGUCAUCACCAUCUACUCCUGAGACCAGAUUUUCCUGUUCAAGCAUCAUAUUGCUCACAAUGUAGCUGUCAGACAGCCAUAACAAGUAUGAGACACAAAGGAUGUUGUCAGCAAAUAAUAUCUGUUUCAUCAGGGAAGCCAAGACCAAAAAAAAAAGCAAAUAUAACUGUGAGGGUCAAUGCCUGAAAAAGAACAAACUAUUUUUCUAACCUGCUAGGUUUUCAUAAAGUCUGCAUGCCAUUGUUACAAAAUCUGCUCUAGUGAUUUUAAGAGGGAAUAUUUUCUUAUUUUGCUUAGCAUUUAUGGUAUUUAUUUUAGAGAAAAAAAGAAAAAUAUUUAACUCUCCAAGUUGCCAGCAGUUAGACACGGCUUCUAGUUCUUUUUACACAUCUUGGCUUCACUUCUUAAGGACAUCAUUACUUCUGUGCUUCCUAGCCAAAUACAUAGAGGCAACCAUAACAAUUCUUGCAGCACAAAAGCCAAGAAGCUCAAGUUCUCAUGUUACAGAUGAAGGUGAUUGUUGCAGCUCAUGUUAUCUUAAGACUGCCAUCACAAGUCUCUACUACUCAUUUAAAUGCUUAAAGGCUUUUGGUCAUAGUUUUUUUGUGUGUGUGCUGAGCUAGGAAACUUCCAGCAUUGGCAUGCCUGGAAUCAUACACUGUGAUACUAGCUCUGAUACUCAUGCCUGUGCAUGCACACAUACACAUGCUAUAAUUGCCUGAAUUGUUUACUCAGCAUGCUCCAUAUUGCUUCAGUAAGAUCAAUCAUUCAGUCAUAGCCAGGUGUCAUCACUAUUCAGCAAGAUCAGACAUGCAGUUAUAGGCCAUCACUAUUCAGCAUAUACACCACACCCUUCCCCAACAUGCAAGUAAUAAAGCCUUGCAUGGCAGGCAUUCUGAAACUCCACCACCUUUCGAGAUGUUCUAAUAUCCUGUGCUGCUGAUAAUCAUUAUCAUUAUAACCCACAUUAUCAUCCUGAGCUAAGAAAUAAGCAUUUAAGCUGAGAUCACUUAUUCACAUGAUAGCAUCUCUCCACCCAUGUACAAAUUUGUAGAUGCUAUUGAAGAUAAAAUUUAAUAUUUUAUCUCCAACAAACUUUUGAUUUCAGUGGUUCUUAGUUACUGCAGAAGCAGAACAAAGAACAGGAGCAUAAAAGCUUCAUUAUAAAUGUCAAAUAGGUUAUUUUUUUCAUUCUAUUUGUUGGUUAACUACCUGUCAGUCCCAAGUUAUGCACACAAGGAAAGUCCACAGCAUUAUAUGCUUCCAAAACAAUGAACAUGUGAGCAUGCAUGUGUGUGACUGUGCAUCUGUUUCAUUCUGAGUGCAGGUAUACUUCAUGCUUUUUAUCACAAUUGUACAUACGCUAAAUUUUUAUACAUGUUCAUAGUAAAGUAUAUGAACCUGUCAUUGUGAUAUUUGGAAUAUUUUUACCCAAGUAAAAUUAGCCUUUUGUGUGUUCUUACAAAUAGCAGGGUUUUGUUGUGAAAAAUGUACAUUUUCAGUUUAAGAAUUGUGCAGUAUUUUUGAGAAAUGUAUAAAAAUCCUUAGUUGGAAGAAAGAGUUGAGAUAUAUGUAUAUUUUAGGUUAAACAACAGAAAAACGGAGAGAUUACAACAUUCUUUUUCUUGAUGUGUAUAUAGACAUCCACUGGAAAGCAUGAGUUAUAUUUUUUAAAUGUUUAAAAAUAGCAUACCAUUAGGAGAUUGAAUUAUAUAUUUUUAAAUAACUAAUGAUGGCAGUGUGGAAAGUAUACAAUAGUGUAAUUUGUUUAGAUUGUAAACAUAAUAAUCACCUAGCUGAAGUAGAGAGUGUUUAAAGGGGCAUGAUACUUGAUGAUACUUUUUUAAUUGCUACAUAAUAGCAGUCACAAAGACUUGCUGAACACAAAAUUUCACAUAAAACUACCCUAACCUGUAAACUAUGGGUUCUUGUAAAUUUGUAUAGAAAAAGGUAAACGCGCUUCACACACAUGUAACCUCUAUUUUGUAUGAUAGUGGAACUGUAACAUUGAAGGCUUUUAAUUCACAAGUGUCAUAACCUUUUAGUAGGAGUCAUGUCUUGUGGAUGCAGAUCUUGCACUACUUCAAAACCUUUGUCAUGCUAAAGCUACAACUCACUGCGACCUUGUAUGAUUAAGCUGCACAUCAUCAGGUUCCAUUUAAUGCUAUGAAGUUAUGAAGUUAAUGUUACCGUUGUACUCUCACAAAAUCUAUCUUUGUUUCAUGAAAACUGCCCUUUGGCAUCUCUUAUGAAAGGAAUUUAUGUUCCUCCAACUACUUUAUUUAGAGAAGGAAAUUGUGUUAUAUAAUGUAUAAUAAACAUAUUAGUUUCAGGUAGACGAGUGAUAACAUUGUAUUACUGGAUAUAUCAGUCCCACAAAGAACGAAUUUUUCUUGUAGUCUGAGAAACUUCUUGCUACUGGUGUUUAUUCAUCACAAAAGAUGCUAGAGCUGUAGAUGGAUUACUCUUACACUGACAUAGAUUUAUAGACUGACCAUUUUCCAAGGAACUAACACAUUUUGUAGUUACUUGUAGUUAUGUGUGUAAAUAAAAGAUCACAGAGAGAAACAGAUUGGUUGUACUUGCACUUAGCCAGUUGCUGUAAAUCCUGCCAUGCCACAUAUGAAAGUUCUAUCAUGUCAUGACUGGAGAAUCAACUCCAAGGGAUGUAAAGUGUAUGCUGCAUAUCAUCAUGGCUGUACAUGGGGACAGCUUUUUCCCAGCAUGGAUCACUAACUGUACACUAUGGAAAGUCUUCGUGUUUAUGCCAUUUUUAUGAAUGAUAAUCAAUAGUUAAAUACAUUUGAACAGUUGCUUCUUUAUUAUGAUCUUGCUGACAAUCUUAACUGCUGCCUCUGGGGAAAAUAUGUGUAAAAAGCAAACGCCAUCUUCAGAUGUGAACAUUUUAUUUUAAAUAAUUUAAAUGUCUUAUCAUUAGGAUAAAAAUUUUGCACGUUUUCAUGUUUUAUGACCUUAGAGUCAAAUAAAGAAGAGUGUACAAAACUAAAGGCUUAUGCACUACUGAGGCCAUCGACUAGGCCAUUGACUAGAUUAAUAAAAUAAUGGCAAAGCCUACUUUGUGCAGCCUUCAUGUUUCUUUCACUAUUUUCCUAUUAACCAUGACAACUGUUAUGCUGCAAGUUUAUUGUGCUUGAUCUUAAGAGUUUUGAUGGAUCUGCAGCUUAUACAUUGGUUGUCUACAUUUGAGUUUGUUAAAUAACCUAUUUACACUUUGUUUCUUUUUUCAUUUUUGUUUUGAUAGGUGUUUUUUUGUACAUAGCAGGUAAAAUGUGGUGUUUCUUAUCAACACGGAAAAAUGUAUCAUAAACAUGUAUCCUAACUGGUUUCAUCAUUUAUGCAUAAGCCAUUCAGUUCUUUGAGCAUGAAUACUGCUCACCUUGACAUGGAAAGAUUGACAAGAAAUUUAAACUGGCAGAUUUAUUUAAAUAACAACCCUUUGUAGUUUGGCACAUGGAACCUCUUUGAUCUCACCUGCUGAAAGUUGGUAAAGUCAAAUGACACUGGAGAGGUGUGAUCUAAGUUUUAACAUGCAGCAGCUUACCAAAGACAUGUCCUGCUGUGCAGUUUCAGUAUAAAGUAAUUUAAUUGUAUGCCAACAUUUUUCCAUGAUGGCAGCUGUUUUCUGUCAUCAGAGGUGUACAAAGACUUUAGGAAAAUAAGAUCAAGCUCACUUCAGCAGGACAAGUAAAUUAGCACCAGUUUGAUGUCAUCAUGUCUGAUUUUACCUCCUUUUUUGAGUACUUUUCAGGUAAAAAGACAUGGUGAUAAUGACUGAUUUUUUUUUUUUUGGGGGGGGGGUUAAAUUUUUUUGUUCUAGUCAAACCUGAUUUUGGACCAGGUCAUGUGUUAAGGCACACAUGAUGUGUGAUUGAUGCAGUCCCCCUUUUAUAAGGGCGGUCUGGUGGUGCAACGUUUAGCGCCCGUCACCAAUACAGUGAGGUUUGGCUGCCCUGGGUUUAGCUCUCGUCUCGGGCACACUGUUCUUUCUCUGCCUGUGGCAUCUAUUUACAGGGCUGGCUGCCUUGUCGUCAUAUAGUCUUAGUUGCUGGCUCGACAAAAAACACCAGUUUCUCCUCCCCCCUUUUUAUGAUGGUCUAGUUCAGUUUGGACAUCACUUUCCUUUCCAUAUCAUUGUAAAGUCCUAUAGUUCAUCAGGGGAUUUACAUGUAAUACAUUUUGGCAAAGCAUUUUAGUAUAUUCAGGAGAUGGUGAGUGACAUUUUUGUUUUCAUUAAUAUUAACUUGUUGAAUGUUUUUUGUUGAUAGUUUUAUUGAUAACUCUUUAUGCUGCUAGCAGUACUACAAAAAAAAAGUAUGAAGAAAACUGCCAGCUGCCACAGCCCAGUUUUCAAAAUAAAUUUGGCAAGUAAAUCACGAAAGUGAGGCAGUUGUGUACAUUUUUCCCUUUCUAAAAUUUUGUGUGUGGUGGGGGGAGGAGGGGGGGCUUUAUAAAUGAGUGUAGACAUUGAAAUUUUUGCCUCUCAAAUCCACCCUGUCUCCCCACUCCCAGCUUGAUUAUCACUGAUUAUGAUGAGUGAUAAAUAACAUGGGAAUUCAGUAUUCUGUGAAGUAGCAAGACAGUGCAGGUUGUGAUAAGAGUCUGGUGCACAGCUACACAGAUUAUCUGACAGCUGUGCUGCAUUUUGUUGCUCAUUUAAGCCAUGAUGAGAAUGGCAUACCAGAACAGGUGACUGAAGUUGCUGUGUAAUGAUGGGCGUCUAUAAGCUGCCAGACUGGUGAGCUACAUUGUCAGGAAUGAUUAGAAUGUUUUGUCUGAUGAGGUUUUUUUAUCCAUGGCAUGCAAGCAGUUGGAUCCAGAUAAUCUUAUUUAACAUAUUAUAUUAAGGAGGUAUUCAGGCAGUCAUGUCCUUAUCUAUUUUAUCUUGAUGUUAAAAACCUGCUGACACAGGGAGAGGCUUGCAAGUCUUUUUUUUUUGUGUGUGUCUUUACAUAUACCAGUAUAUAACAUGAAGAUGUACAGUCUGUAAAGUCUACAGCCAAUUUUUGCAAAAGUGUUAAAAUCGGUAUGUCCCUAAGAUUUCACAACACUUAUUUCAUUCCCCACAAACUUUAACAGUUUAUGCCUAAAGAGAACUGCUAGCAUUUAACCCCAGAGCCUCAAGCUUUUGUAAAAUAUUUAAACUAAUCUUAUAUCAAAGCUUUCAACAAUUACACACAGGUUUGUAACUAUGCAUGAAAAAAACUCUGGUGUUUGAAACAGUGUGAUGUGUUUCAUCAUUAGCACUUUGUCAGAUAGGUGAUAAUGUGUGGAGACUGGUGUUUUGAAGCUGUAGGAUAUGACUUAUUUGCCUGACUAAUACAGCUGUACAAAAUCCUAAUUCCUGUGUUAAGUGCCAACACUCUUUUAUUCCCCACCACCACAGGGUCAUCAAAAAAAGAUACUUUGUGUCAAUUGUUGAGAUGUUUUAUGCAUGUCAUGAACUUGAUAUCAUGAUAAAGCAUUAGAAUUAUGUGUGGCAUGAAUAGUAUAAUUGAAAUACAGAUUCAUGUGGUUGGAUGAUGGAUGUCGUAUUGAGUGCUUGUCUUACUUUGUGUUUAAGUAACUUCUUAAUGAACAGCACUUGAAUUUCAUGUUUAUGAAAUAAUUUUGUUGAAAUAUAUCUUGAAUAUAUUGAGUUUUAUAAGAAGUCCUAAUGCAUUAUCAUGACAAAACAGAAUAGAGUUUUGUACCUAUAUUGUGUGAGAUAGGGACCUUAUUAUUUUAGCUUCUUCAUUGUGCCAGUAACAUGAAAAAAAGAAAAAAAAUGAGCCAUCCAUCAUGUGAUAUCCUCAAGCAACCAACAAAGGUGCUUGUCCCAUAAAAAUGGAGUUAUAGGGACUUCCUCUCUGUGUACUUUGAUAACUGUUACACACAUGCUUUAUUUCUUUCCUGUUCUGUGGGCAAUUUAGUGUUGGUUACUGAAUUUUUGCAUAGUGCUUUUUCAUUUGAAGUAAAUCCUAACAUACAAUGAAAAUGAUAUUGGUCAUUGUACAUCAGAUUCUUCAAUUUUCAAGUUAUCUGAUGAUUAUUAUUAUUAUUAAACAUGUGCAAGCACCUGUGUAUGUGUUUAUGAUACGGAAAAAGCUGUCUUUCCAAAUGAGCAAAACAACAAAAAAAAUGAACAUUCUUGUGUGCUUUGUGAAAUACAGAAUGAAUUGCCUGUGUUAUAACUUAUUAAAAUAACUAUUGUCUGACUAUUUCUUUCAAAAAGUUCAUACAUGUUUAGACGAAGCUUUCAGUUCUAUUAUGCUUCCUAUUAUUUUAAAGAGCUGCUUGAAUUUUGUAUACAUUUUUUGUCUUGGCCCCUUUUACUUCUGCAAAAAAAAAUAUUACGGAAACAAAGUUGAUGACUGAUAAGACAUGGUUGAACAGGAGACCAAAUGACAAAUAGUGAAAAUUGGCUUAGUUCAGCCAUGUCACUGAUGACAGUCUUGGGGUAAGUGGAAAGAGAAUGGUGUUGGGGAAGCCAAAAAAAAAACUUGGUCAAUGGGGAACCUAUUCAAAGGUGUUCAAGAUCAGCCCUGAUGGUGCAUCUUUAUGACUUCUCCAUCUCAUUGUAAGGGAGUGAUGAUAAUGAUCGUAAACAUAAGAAUUGUUUCCAAAGUUAAGGAAUUUUAAAAUGAAUAAAGACUUCUUCUUACUUUCUACUUUUUUUCAGAGAUAUGUUCUUAUGCUUGCUUCAUGAUAAGUCUCAUUCAUCUUAUGAAUGCAAAGUUCUGUGUCUUUAUGUUAUGCUGAGCCUAAGCUCUCAGGUUGUUGAUAAUGUCACGACUAUUUUACUCAAGAUUUAUGUAGCUGCAUUCUUGUGUGUAAAACAGUGGGUGUUAGUAAAUGUUUGUCCUAAAUAUCAUGCAGAUGCUGGAUUAAAUCUGAAAAUGCCCUCACUGACCCCUCGUGACUUGUAGAUUUGUGUGGCUUUUUUUGUUAACAGUUUUGCUUUGGCAAAGCACCUGGAUUAAGUACCGAUAAAUAAUUUAUUUGCAUAUGUAGGCUAUAAUAUUGCUUGGUGUACAUUAAAUGGUUUCCACUUUCCAUAGCUUCCAGUGAAAACAAUUAUUGAGAUGUAUUAGUAAAGUGUACAUUGUUUAAA